GCAUGUCAUCAUACAAACACGUACGAUGGCUUUGCUUGUGGUCUACUGGUUACAUACUUGUGGCUUCAGUUUUGGUACACGACUCAGGCUGUGCCCUCGUGUCCUAUCCAAAACUGGCCACUCGUGUAUAACAAGUAGAUCACGCGCCGCCAUCGUACAACCUAUACGUAGCUCAGUCAGUAAGCUCCAACCCAGACUCCCUGGUACAGCCUACAUUAUCUGUGCUUCUUUUGUUCUUUUGUUUCGUGCUUUUUAUGUGUACUUUCAUUUCCUUCUAGCAAAGGAUACUCAUGUACCAACAGAUUUCUUAACCCCAACUACACACAUGAUGUCAUCGUUUAGACCCACAACAAAGGAAAGGAGACGUAUUUGACUUUGCCUGUCAUUCAUAAUCAGAUUUAAUUUUUCGUAGUAGAGAGCACCACCCGCACACGCACAAACACAGACACACACAUACUUCCGUAUUGUGUUUCAUCUUAACUUGUACCUAUGCACAUGCAGAUGAGUACAUAAAAUCAUAAAUCAUAAGUGAAGUAUGAAGUGCAAGUAAAAAUUAAUCCAUUUACCACUAAUAAUAAGCAGUCGGAGCAGAGUGCUAUACAAAGUAGCACAAAUCAAGGGCAAAGUGUCAAAUAAAGGCCUCGUACUUCAGUCAACUUAUCGCGGACCAAGAGUAACUUACGGUACCCACAAGUAUUUGCUGACAUCCACAGAAAAGUAUAGAACAGUGUGUAUAAAAACGUGCUCAUCUGCAAAAACACUAAUUGAGAAUGAUGCUCCC